AUGGCCGUGGUGGAUUUCCUUCUUUCGCCUUAUGCGAUUCCAAUCGCAUUGGUGCUCUAUUUUGUCGUGCCAUAUUUCACGUCCAACACAGCUAUUAGGGACAUUCCAGGACCUUUCCCCGCGAAAUUCACAAGGUUAUGGCUGCUGUUGCAAGCUCGAUUUGGAUAUCGAUAUCUGAGUGUUCAUGAUGCUCAUGCCAAAUAUGGAAAAAUGGUUAGGAUCCAACCAGAUCAUGUCAGUAUCGCAGAUGAUGCUGCCAUACAGGGCGUUUAUGGUCAUGGCAAUGGAUUUUUGAAAUCGUUGGUCUUCAUUUGGUUCGAAGGGGUUUCAAUGGCUAAUUUGCUUCUUCGCAGAGAUUACUACGAUGCUUUCGUCUCGAUUCAGAGAGGUCUGUUUAACACUCGUGAUCGUAUCGAACACACAAGAAAGCGCAAAACUAUUUCGCAUACCUUCUCUACCAAAAGUAUUGGCCAAUUCGAACAAUACAUGCAUGGAAAUUUGGAUCUGUUUGUGAAUCGUUGGGAUGCAAUGUCUGACAAUGCUCAUGGACAAUUUGCCAAAAUUGAUUGCCUUCACUGGUUCAAUUAUCUCGCUUUUGACAUCAUUGGUGACCUUGCAUUUGGAGCUCCAUUUGGCAUGCUCGAAAAGGGAAAGGAUAUCACGGAAAUUCGAAAGACACCCGAUGCACCGAUCACUUAUGCACCAGCUGUUGAAGUUCUCAAUCGCCGUGGUGAAGUUUCUGGAACACUUGGUUGCUUACCACAACUCAAGCCAUACGCCAAACACUUCCCAGAUCCUUUCUUUAGUCAAGGUCUCGCUGCGGUAGAAAACUUAGCUGGUAUUGCUGUUGCCCGAGUGAGCGAACGUCUCGAUCGUGAAAAAGAAGAUGGUCGCGUUGAUCUUUUGGCCAGACUUAUGGAAGGAAAGGAUGAGACGGGUGCUAAACUCAGUCGCCAAGAAUUAACUGCAGAAGCUCUUACCCAACUUAUCGCUGGUUCGGACACUACAUCCAAUACUUCCUGUGCAAUUCUCUUCUGGAUUUGUAAGACUCCAGGGGUUCUCCAAAAGCUUCAAAAGGAAUUAGAUGAUGCAAUUCCUGCAGGAGUCGAUGUUCCCACUUUCGACAUGGUCAAGGAUUUGAAGUACAUGAAUAACGUUAUUCAAGAAACCCUUCGCAUUCACUCUACCUCUUCCCUUGGACUCCCUCGUAUCGUUCCUCCUGGAGGAGCAGAAGUCUGUGGACGUUUCUUCCCAGGUUACACGGUCCUUUCCGUCCCAGCCUACACAAUUCACCGCUCGAAAGAAAUCUGGGGUAGUAACGCAGAUGAUUUCGUACCAGAUCGAUGGGACCAUUUAACCGAAAGGCAAAAGAACGCUUUCAUCCCCUUCAGUUAUGGACCAAGAAGUUGUGUAGGAAGAAAUGUAGCAGAGAUGGAAUUGGCACUUAUUGUGGCAACAACAUUUAGGAGAUAUGAAUUUGAUCUAUAUCAGGAUGUUUUGGAGACGAGAGAGGGAUUUUUGAGAAAGCCUUUGGAGUGUAUGGUGGGGAUUAAGAAGAGGAACAAUAUUUAA